GUUCACGUGAUCUCAUUUUUACGUAACAAACGGGUGUUCACCUGUAUGUUGCCAAUUCUACUGGCACGUAAGCUAGACACAUUGUAGGCUACAGCUAUGGCUAAACACAUUUUUUAAAAACAUUUAUAAUAACCGGCCUGCAUUGUAUGCCGAUCAUCUAGCCUACAAUGUCGGUCCAACACCCCGAAGGAGAGGACGCGGUCGAAGAAAGAAAAGGAUUCUUCAUCGAACCAGAAUACGACUGGGACGAGGAGCAGGACAAUGUCGACCACCACAAACUUAUUUUACAAAAAGCCGAUGCACUGGCAUCAGAAAACCGUCUCAAAGAAGCCAUCGAUGUUUACUCGAUGGCCUUGAGAUAUGGUUCUGUAGGGCCGGAGCAGAUGAGCACUUUAGUGGAUUGUAUUCUGCGCAACUUCAAGAGAAAGCUGGGACAGGAUGAGGCGCCUUCGGAACGAACGCUACAUAUUAUGGAUAACGCCGGGGAGGAGGAUGUUUUUGACUGCCCGAAUUGUCAUAAAUUUCUAGGCGAGCCCGUGACUAUCCGCUGUGGACAUUCGUACUGUAAAAGAUGUUUACAACAUCAGCUGCUCUCCAAAUGCAAGUUGUGUAGCGAGGUAGGAGGCAGGCCGACAGAGCUUAAAACGAAUGUGAUUCUAUUCGGACUUUUGGAAAAGUGGUUUCCCGAGGAGCUGAAAAGGUCUAGAGCUAUUAGUGAAAUUGAAGACCUGUCUAGAAGGAAACAUUUCGAGGAGGCCGUAUCACUAGCGACAACUGUGAUUGAAUCUGGUGAGUGGGGGGAGGAAAGGCUUGUGGAGACCACCACUGCGCAUCCUUGUUUUGUACGCUAUGAUGAGACAUUUAGGAAACCUGUCAAAGCAUGAAAACAAAAUGUUAUUUUAGUCAUUCCCUUAUACUAUUUGUGGUCUUCAUUAUCAAAGAGUAGGGAAGGGGAGUUCCACUGACCAAUAAUAAGGUUACCCGUUUGUCAUGUGUUUGACUGUAGCUUCUUUGGCUGCGUUUACAGGCAGCCCAAUUCUCGUCUUUUUCCCCCACUAAUUUAUCUUUUGACCAAUCAGAUCAGAUCUGAAAAAGAUCUGGUGUGAAAAGAUCUGAUGUGAUUGGUCAAAAGACCAAUUGGUGGAAAAAGUAUCAGAAUUGGGCCUUCGUGUCACUGAUGUAAUGGUCGUGCCACCCUGUUACGAAAUUUCGUAAAUUGGGCAUGCGCACAAGCAGCGAGUUUCAUAAGGCAGGCGGUGACACAGUGGAACGUUUUGUAACUAAGUAGCGGGUGAUGGGAUUGCCAAACAAUAACUUUAUAAGGUUUCGCCCCCUCUCAAGUCCGAAAAAGAUACAAAAAAAGGCAAAAUGUGCUGUCCAAUCAAGGCAUGGCGAUGCAGUUCACGUGAUAGCAUUUGUACGUAACAAACGGGUGUAAACCUUUAUGUUGCCAAGUCUCUACUGGUGCAUAAGACACUAAAAAGUCAAAAUGCAGAGUGUCAAUGCAAAUAUUUUGAAGGCAAUAGAAAAUGACAGCACUGAAGUCUAUAGUCAUUGCUGUAGCCUAUUUCUAGAUUCCUUAAAUUAUUAGAUUACUUGAGGUUUUAAUGACACCAGACAUACAAUAAGUGAUACUUGAAUUAAUACCUAAGAAAGUUGGCAUUCGGUCUCCUAUGGGUAAGGCUGAGCGAUUAACCUACAUUUCGGUUAUUUUUCGGUUUUUAAACAUCGGUUCAAUUAUCUGAAUUCCAUUUUGUUCUUUUUUUUCAAUGAGCUCAAUGCUGUUUCUUUAGAGAAAAAAAACAGAUCAAGCCCAAACUGUGCGAUGUAGGGAGUUGUAGUUUACAACAGGCCAGUAUUUUACAUAGUUUAGUGCAGAAAACUGUAAUUGACCACAAAUUACCAUAAUACAUUACGUGCCUACUUGUCCAGUCUUUGUUUGUUCUGCUGCAUUUACACAGGCAGCCCAAUUCAGAUAUAUUUUCCCCCCUAAUUAGUUUUUUGACAAAUCAGGGCAGCUCUGAAAAAGAUAUUGAUGUGAAAAGAUCUGAUGUGAAAAGAUCUGAUGUGAUUGGUCAAAAGACCAAUUAGUGGAACAAAGAUCAGAAUUGGGCUGCCUGUGUAAACGCAGCCUUUUAGGCCUGCUAUGUUAGGUUAGUGUGGGGCAGACAUGGAGAGAAGAGAUAGAAUAAUGUGCAAUAGAGAGGGAUAGAGAGCAGUUGCUUCGCUAAGUAUCUCUACCUGAAAAUGAGAUGAUGACUUGGAAUGAAAUAAUAAAGUCAUCAAAUAAAACACAUUUAAUAUACACAACAACUUAAAUAUUUUAUUAAAGUAAUGUGAAUAAAUGAUGGUUAAUAAGUGAUAAGCAGUAAUGGGCAGUCACUAACAUCAUGGGACUUUUAUUAAUAGUUUUAUUCUGUGUUGUUACAGCAUUCAACCCACAUAAUGCAUAGUGCAUUUAAUGUUUAAAAACAUAAUCGAACCCCCCCCCCCCCCCCCCCCCCCCCCAAUUUUAUUUUUAUUUUGUAAUAAUAGAACCGAAACUGAACCGACCUCAAAAUAUCACCUUGACAGCCAUAGUCCUUGUUUGAUGGUAAAGCUUCUCUGAAAGUAAUUUAUUAUUGGAAAAUAAGUCUGAAAUCGAACAGAUCAACAGUUACAGAUACUAACCAAGGCAAUGCUUUCCAUAAUGUGAAGGCCUACUCAGGAAUUCUAAUGGCACCUAUGUAGAUGCAUGUUAUUACAUCGAGCAGUACGCUUUGCACAAUGACAUGCUACAUGUAGGCCUAGAAUGUCACGUAAAUACUUACUGAAUGAUCAGAGAAAAAAUUAGGCUAACAAUCUCUUGUAAUGUUGUUGACCAAAUGAUGCAGAAGCUGUUUCUUCUUCAGAAGAAAUGUAAAUGCAAAAGAGUAAAAAAGUCACCCUUCUAGGCCAUGCUAAACUGGUAUAGGUUUAUACAUUUUAAUAAGGGGGUGUGGAGGUAUAACAUAAAGAUGACAGAUAUCUGUGUCAACCCGAAGUUGUUCAUGCUGUGAUGUAAUAUUAACAACGGAGUGGCUGCGUUUCCGGAUUUUCUAGAACCCGACUUGCUGUUGCUAAAAAUACAAAGAUGUCUGCUAGAUCCACUAGCCUACUUCCUUUCGGUUACUGCUCAGUCACUCCGUGACUCCGCUGCCGCUUGUACACAAAAUAGUUUGAAUAAACAUAGUUCUUUUUGACUGUUGUAAAAAAUACAAAUACACUGCAUACUAUUGUAAACAUAAGCGCAACAGAAGCUAAAGCCUGCACAGCAUAUCAAACAAGCAAGUCACAGACAGGCAGUCAUUGCAAACAUUGGCUAAACAGGAAGCAGACUGCUGGCUAUAUGGCAGCAUAACUAUAAAGAUUACAUCAUCAUACAAAACGCUAUUUUUUUCCCCCCAUUGCAAUGUGUAGACUGCGUCUUGCUUGUGCUACGCUAAUAUCCGUUACAACAGAAUGAGACGGUUGUAAUGAAGCCUUCAUAUAUAUUUUGGGAAAGCUUGUUCAAAUCGCAGCUGUUCAGAAAUAUGAGGCAUCGGCCAUAUUAUAAUGUCACCUCCAAGACCUUUGCCCCUCUGUCACUGAAGAUAACUCAUUAAACUGCACAGGCCCCCCUCUCUCUUGACAUGAAACUAUCACUUAUUAAUAAAGGGGUUACAAAUUAUCCAUUGCCCAAUAAUAAAUAUAUGAGCACUUAUUGCAUAUAAGUGUAGCCUAAAGCUACUUUCUUUGAUUUGAGUAAUUGAGCGCAAAGAACAUUGUUAGGUCUAGAGGUGGAAAGUUAUGCCCUUAUCUUUAAACAUUGUUUAAUGCGGAAAUGUUGGCAACUGCGAGACACUGUAGCAAGUGUUAGAGCCCAUAGCCAGUGUCGCACAUUGCGUCAGCUAAGGACUUCGCUGAGGUGACUUUUGGAGCCCUGACGUGUGACACAGUUGCAGUGCCAAUGCUGGUGGCACAGUCAGUCACCGCCGCAGAGCGGCAAGAACCAGGCUAGAGUUGCCAACGCUAUGACAUCACUGUAUCUGUCUGAGACUUGCUUAGCUAGCCAAGCAUGAAGCACAUAAGCUAAUAUGGAGUGAUCCCCCUUCUAGUAAAGUGAAUCACACAGUUAUUAUUGAAAUCUGGCUUUUUCCCCAUACAACGGAAAACCCACCGGGGGUGCAUCUCAUUAGUCUAAUGGGGCUUAGUUUCCUUGACCUUGUCCUUCAGCUGUACUGAUCUACAAAGACAUGAUAGGUUAAAGCAAACCAGACAGUGUCUCCUGUCCAGGGGUCAUGCUUUUACUCUUUGAAUUCUUCCAGAGCAGUGUGGGUGAAGGAAAGGAGACCGGGAAAGGAAGCCACUUUGAACUAUGGAGAUGCAGUUAGUUGAAGAGCAUUGUGUCUUUUAUCUUGCCAGCAACACACAUUAUCUUGAACAUUCAUCAUAGAAGACCAGAUAGGCCUAGUUUAUGACCUCAGCUGAAAGCUGGGCAGCUUAACCUGGUCUAAGUGUGUGUAUAUAUAUAUAUAUUUUUCUUAAACAAUCUUCGGGAUGGAAAAACACUUUGGCUAAAUUUAAAUGGCUAAACCCACACAGAAAGUAUGUAGAAAAUAUAAUUGACCUACAUAUUUGUUUUAUAAUAUAAUCUUUGAGAACUAGAAAUCACCAAAUCACAGUCAGGGAGAGUCGAAAAUUCCAAAAACAAUGAAUUUAGAAAUAUUUUUGGCAUGGCUGGGUAUAUACCCAGGGGCCCCGAUUGGGGUCCCCAUUGAUUUUGUUAAAAUGUUUGACCAUAAGAACACAGAAAUAGCCAUGGCAAAAUGCGUAGAAUUGCAGGAAAUUAGCUCUCACACUGCAGAAGUUUCUCUCAGCUCCAUAGAACAAUUUAUAGAGUUGCAGGAUUUUUCUCUCUGCCGGCAAUUCUGGACUGAUUUAAGACGCCUUCUGGACCGAUUUCAUGCCUUGGAUCAUUAACUUACAGUGCAUUCGGAAAGUAUUUAGACCCUUGACUUUUUCCACAUUUUGCUACGUUACAGCCUUAUCUAAAAUGGAUUAUAUCAUUUUUCCCCCUCAUUAAUCUACACACAAUACCUCAUAAUGACAAGCAAAGGCUCGCUCCCUAAUGCACGCUCUUUGCACAUGGUAUUCACGUGUUAUCCGUUAUUGACGCCGACGUCAUAAAGUAGCGUUGGGUUACCUCUCUCAGGCAGGAUGAAAACGACUACAUCGACCAUGAUCCUUAGCAAUUUUUUGGUGCCAUUCAGCCCUAUUCAGCAAUAUGGCGCGCUUCAAAUUCAAAUAUUUACGUCUUCAUGCGCCAUCGGGAGUUUUCCAUACGAAAAUGUGGAUGACGUAAGUGCUAUCACUAUCUGCUGGUUUUAAUGUCUAUGGGUCUUCAUGUCAUGUGUUUGACAUUAUUCCUUCUAUGGAUGUAGCCUUUCAUUCCUUCAUAAUUUGCUAUUAUGUUGAAUGUAUGCAUUUCUCAUGACACAGAUAUUUUGCCCUAGAGUUAUGGUCAUCUUCGGUGACAGAUCUUGAGAAAGAAAAAAUAUUUGUAAAAUGGGCUUUGUCUGAAAUGUAAAAGUUUUCUGUUUUUUAAUCUCUCCUCUCCUCCUUUAUCCUUCCCUCCAUUUUUCCAGAUCCUGGGGAUGAGGCAGUGCGGUGGUCACGGGUCAAGGCCUACACCGGGCUCCGGCAGUACCGAUUGGCCCUGGAGGACGCUGAACUUUGUCUUAGCUCCACCCACUCUGCAGAGGUAGGUUACUGGACCAAUGGGGGAAACUGUGUGUUGAGUUCAGUAGGCACAAGUAAAAAUAAAUAUUUAGGAAAUUAAAACAAAUGUUGUUAUGGGAGGUUUUAAGUUUGCUGAGGGCUUCUUCAGUUACUUGUCACCUCCCCAGCACUAUCAUUAUCCUUAGUCCUUACCAGGCACCCUGUGGCGCUUUGACAUAGUAAACUAGAAGCCUAUAGCUCCGGUUAUAUCCUCCACACUUUACUACACCGUGUGAUGCGUCAUGGAGGGAAAGUGGAGGCUGAUUAGAGGCUCAGCCAGGUGUUAGUAAGUCUAAAUGUGUUAGCAGGCCAUCCUGAAUAACAACCGGUAGGAUAUAUUUUAGGACGUUUUAGCGCUAUAAACAGCAUUGUUCACUAUAAUGUCCUCUAAUUCUAUUUUUAAGUCUUAUUAAAUUAUAAUUGAAUAUUACUGUAUAACCUUCUAUACCUUUUGAAAUGAUGUCUGUUAUCAAAUGUUGAUUUGUUUCCCUUUACAUAAUUUUUUUGAUUGAGGGUUCAGAGCCUCUCAUUUGGGAGUUUGUUUGUUACACAUUUGGUCACACUUUCUUUUUACUGUACCAUGAGCUAUUUUAAAGGUCCAAAGCAGAUGUUUUUAUCUUAAUAUCAAAUCAUUUCUGGGUAACAAUUAAGAAUAUUAUUGUGAUUGUUUUCAAUUAAAAUGGUAAAGAAUUAACAAAAAUAGAUUCUUAGCAAAGAGCAAUUUCACAAGCAAGAAUUUUGCUAAGACUGUCUGGAAGUGGUCUGAGUGGGGAGGGGAAAAUUGAAAACUAGCUUUUAUUGGCAGAGAGGUUUGGAACUCGCUUUCUUAUUGGUCUAUUAACUAAUUUUCCGACUGGUGAUGUCACCAGGCAGGCCAAAACUCCAUCCCACCAAGGCUGAAAUUUCAGGCGGUCUUUUCAAACAGCUCUUACUCUAAUUAUUCCAACCUCACAGUGUGGAAAUAUACAGUGGGGUCCGAAAUUAUUGACACCCUUGAUAAAGAUGAGCAAUAAUGACUGUAUAAAAUAAAUGAUAGAAAUACUGAUCUAUAUUGUAUGCUCAAGAAAUUUGGGAAAUUAUAUUAUUUUAUACUAAUACAAUUGCUCAGAGAAAUAGAUUUUGUUUAACAAGUAAUAUUUAUUUUUUCUCAAAAGGUAAGGGUCAAAAUUAUUGACACCCCUAAAUAAUCGUAUAAAUAAAGUAGUCAAAAGUUGAGUAUUUGUUCCCAUAUUCCUAGCACGCAAUGACUACAUCAAGCUUGUGACUCUACAAACUUGUUGGAUGCAUUUGUAGUUAGUUUUAGUUGUGUUUCAGAUAAUUUUGUGCCCAAUAGAAAUUAAUGGUAAAGAAUGUAUUGUGUCAUUUUGGAAGGACUUUUAUUGUAAAUAAAAAAUAUAUAAUAUGUUUCUAAACACUUCUACAUUAAUGUGGAUGCUACCAUAAUUACGGAUAACCCUGAAUUAAUUGUGAAUAAUGAUGUGUGAGAAAGUUACAGAGGGUCAAAGAUCAUACCCCCAAGACAUGCUAACCUCCCCUGUUAUUCUUAAUGGUGAGAGGUUAGUAGCCACAUAGGGUACAUCUUUUAUUUAAAUUUGUAUUUCCCAUAACUGCUGAUUUAGUUGGUAAUGUGUAAUUUAGCAAACUAGGCUACUCAACAAGAGUCAUGCCUCUCCUAGAGAGAAGACAAACUGGUUUGCAAUGUAUGUUAAUCAUAUUCAGUGAAGCCUGGCAAAACUGAAUUUAUGUUAAGUGAUCCAGGUCUUGUUGACUCUUGUUUUCAGGCUACCUCCAUUGUGUUCUAACUAGGGUCCCUUCUCUCUCUCUCUCUCUCUCGUCACUCCUCUUCUCUCGUCUCAUCUCCUCUCUCGUCCUCCUCUCUGUCCUCUUCUCUCCGUCUCUCUAAAAACCAUUACUCGCUAGCGUUUUCACCCUCUGGCUGCCGUUCAAAUAAAGUAUUGUCCAGUUGAAAUGCAGCGACAUAACCUAUCUCUCCCUCUCUUCCAGAGUCUCCACUGGAAGUCUUGCACUCUUUAUACACCACACCCCCCCCCCCUUCUCUCUUUCUCUCAGGGUUUCUACUGGAAGGCCAAGGUGCUCCAGGACAUGGGCCAGGCGGACGACUCGCUGCAGUUUUUCCUCCACUGUCUGGCCCUGGACGAGGACUUCACCCUGGCCAAACGAGAGGUGGAAAUGGUGAGAGAAGGAGUUGGAGGGAGAGUGUUGUUGUUGAACUAAUUUGCUUUGGCAGUGAUGGUUAAGUCCCCUUACUCUUCCUGGAAGCUUUGGGACUUGACUUGAGGGCAAGAAAGCAAGGAGAUAUUUUAUCUUCUCAAUGUCUUUCUUUUCUUUGUGAAGAGGUUGCUCUGUUGAGCCAAACCUCCUCUCUGUGUAUCAAUGAUACAUUUACAUUACAUUUUAGUCAUUUAGCAGACGCUCUUAACCAGAGCGACUUACAGGAGCAAUUAGGGUUAAGUGCCUUGCUCAAGGGCACAUUAACGUCAUUUAGCAGACGCUCUUAGCCAGAGCGACUCACAAAUUGGUGCGUUCACCCUAUAGCCAGUGGGAUAACCACUUUACAAUUUGGGGGGGGGGGGGGGGGGGGGGGUGGGGGGGGGGGGUUAGAAGGAAUAACUUUAGUCCUAUCCCAGGGUAUUCCUAAAGAGGUGGGGUUUCAAAUGUCUCCGGACAGGUGAGUGAGUGACUCCGCUGUCCCUGGCGGUCGUGAGGGAAGCUUGUUCCACCAUUGGGUGCCAGAGCACGAAAACAGUUUUUUGACUGGGGCUGAGGGGGAGCUUGUGGCUUCCGCAGAGGAAGGGGAGCCAGGCAGGCCAGAGGUGGAUGAACGCAAUGUCCAUCGGUUGGGUGUAGGGACUGAUCGAGCCUGAAGGUACAGGGGUGCCGUUCCCCCUCACUGCUCCAAAGGGCAAGCACCACUGGUCUUGUAGCGGAUGCGAGCUUCAAUUGGAAGCCAGUGGAGUGUGCGGAGGAGGGGGGUGACGUGGAGGAGAACUUGGGAAGGUUGAACCAACCAGACGGGCUGCGGCAUUAUGGAUGAGUUGUAGGGGUUUAAUGGCACAGGCAUGGGAGCCCAGCAACAGCGAGUUGCAGGUAGUCCAGACGGGAGUGACAAGUGCCUGGACCAGGACCUGCGCCGCUUCCUGUGUAAGGCAGGGUCGCACUCCCCGAAUGUUGUAGAGCAUGAAACCUGCAGGAGCGGGUCACCGCCUUGAUGUUGGCGGCGACAAUGUUUUUAUUUUCUUUGUGAAGAGGUUGCUCUGUUGGACCAAACCUCCUCUCUGUGUAUCAAUGAUAGACCCCCACCCCCCCUUAGCUCCUGGGAACGUGCAACCCUUACAAUCUCUAGGCCUAUCACUAAUUGAAGUGCCUAAGUUUAUAACUUAGUAUAAAUACUGUUUUUUAAAAAUCUCCGGGAGCGUUUGAAGUCUAGACCCCUUAGCGCCAUAGGCCGUUUCAUAAGAAGCCAGGUGCUCUCUGAGUACCCCAUUUUGUCUUACUUAAGCCAUGCGUUUCCCGGCACUGAUUUGCUUACCAUCCAUGAAAAGGAACACAGUGUCCAUUCCUUUGCUGAUAGCCUAGCGUCGGCUAGCUAGGUAAUUAUCCUUAGCAUCGGCCUAAUGGAAUCAAACCCUUAGGCGCUUGCGUGAGAGAUGGAACAUAUCGGGCUGACAGUGGCCUUAAUGACUAAAUCACAUUAUUUAUAGAGAAAAGCGUCUGUUUUGCGGGUGACGGAAAAUGUAGUGACUACGAUACACUGUGAGUUUUGCUUCCAUGAUGAAUCACCUGUCAGACUGAGUGGAAGUUCAGAGCGCAGUAAGCGUAUUUCUUGUUUUUGUUGACACCCUGUUGAAUAAGAGUUGGAAUGGGCAUAGUUAGGCCUAUCCAUCGCUUUGCCACUCUUUUUGGUUACACUUUAUUUUCCUAUUACCACUUGUAUCUAUUUGGUAUGUACUAUGAAAGUACAUGGUAACAGUUGAGACUUAACGUUAUUUGUUACAAUUGAAUCCCCAUGACGAAGAAGUAAGUCUUAGCUAGUAAUUAAUGAUGCUGUAUUCACAAAUUACCAUAUAGUGUCUCAGUUCAAAUAAAGUGUCAGCAUUUUUUCCCCCCUCCCUCAACACCACAUCCCAGCGGAGACUCCAUGUUUUUGAGGCUUAGACUAAAGGCUGUGUUUCAUGCCAUUUCUGUAAUCAAAUUACAUAGGUUUACUUUCCAGUGCGUCAGCCCUUGUGACUCUCCCCUCCUGUAAUGACAUUAGCCUCACUAGACAAAGGCUUAAUCCCAAAUGGCACCCUAUUCCCUAUAUAGCACACUACUUUUGACCAGAGACCUAUGGGGGCUAUGGUCUAUGGACUCUGGUCAAAAGUAGUGCACUAUGUAGGGAAUGGGGUGUAAUUUGGGACUAAGACAAAGUACUGUGACGACGCAGGGUUGCAUAAGUCAGAGACACUGUGGACUGUUGUCCGGUCACAAUCGCUGACAGGGUUUCCGAGGCUAUGUGAAAUGUUAGGGUAAUACUCUGGUAGAGUGACAAAGUAGGCCUGUGUUACUUUGAUCGUGUAGUUGAUAUGUGGAUUUGCGUUCUUGUUGUUUCAGUCUUUAAGAAGAACUUUGUUUGGUUGAGGAUUUGAAUGGCUCUCAAGGUUUGAUUGAAAAGAGCUAUAUGGGAUUGCCUGUGUGUGAUGUUUGUGUCUGUGUGCCUAAGCAAAGGUGUGUUUCUGUUUUCUUUAACUCAUCUAAUACAGUGAGUAGCUUAUAUCAUAAGGUACUCCAAAAUUGUGCUUAAAACAUCUCAUUUUAAAUGCUGAUGUAAACACAAAUUCCCCAUCUUGUGAUCCUGGAUGGGCCCCAGGUUACCAGAUACAAAAGUUGGCCAUUUUGUUUGUCUGUGAGGACAGCGGAAUGGAUGAGGAUUACAUAGAUUUAUAGCGAUUGGAAUGGGGCCCGGGUGUUCUUCAGCAUCUAAUAACAUGUAAUGGACUCUGAGAGAACGAAAGAAGGUGAAACACAGAAGCGUAAAAGGGAGAAAAAGAAGUUAUAGGGAGGAGAAGAACAUUGAUACAUAGGAUGAGAGGAAUUGAGUGGAAGUUGAGUGACAGAGAGGGUGCAACAACCAACACAUAUUUAUAUCCUACAAGUGAACCUUACUGCAGAUUGAACCUUUUUGUUUUUGACCUCAAUCAUGUGAUUGUGAAGCCAAAGCCACAUUUCCACAUUGUGUGGACAAGUACGUUUUUCUACGUCUAAAUCCACAUUGGUGCCAGGAUGGCCAUGUGGAUGGCAGACUAGUCCGGCUGGCCAGUGGUCACUCCCAGUCUUGGCUAGCCACUGUCCUGCAUUGCGGUCUAGUCGGAGGACACGUACUUGGCAUAGCCUAGCUUCCGUUCCAUCUGACCCCCCACUGCUUCAAGACCUUAAACUUAGCCCCUAACUACAUCUCUGUCUGACUGGAGAGGGCAUCCCUAAAAAGAGGUUGACCCUUGCUUCACAUCUUAUGUCCCCUGCUCUGUACUGUCUAGUUUGGAUGUUUAUGCACUGUUAGUGUGAAUCUGUCAUGAUAUUGUGUUAUUUUGUUAUAUUGUUAUUGUAUUAUUACCUUCUUCUAAUCCACUAUUUAGUUUUUUUUCUUAAUACACUGUUCAUGUGAAUCUGUCAUGAUAUCGUGUUAUAAGUUCCUUGUGAACUAGGCUCCUAUUCUGCCAUUUUGGGGGAUUUUCUUUCCAGUUGCACUGCUCCUAUGGCUAAUGCAAUGUGUACCACAGAUACUGUACGACCUGCUGUCUCCGGCCGGCGAGAACGUGAAGGUGGGACUGAGGGAGACGGCGCAGAGCACAUCGCCUCACCUGCGUAGUAAAAUGGUGGUAGCGGACGCCCAGGCCAGAGCCCAACAGCAUCAGGCCGAAGCCAAAAACCCUGCCCUGCACCAAGUCCAGGCUCGCACCUCCUCGGCACACCCCAACGCACAACACGAGGUACGCUAACUGGACUGUGUGCUUGAUACAGCCCUGAAACACUAGGGAGCCUUCAAAGUUUCCAAAGUCAAUUAUGUUUUGAUAUUAGUUUGGUGUUUGUUCAGUUAAAAUGCAUCAACAAUGUCUAACACUCCUUUUAACUUUCUAACUGUCUCUCUCACUCCUCCUCCUCCUCAUCCUCUCUUUCCGUCCAGAAACCAGGUCGCUCCGGGAGCCUGGAGCGUUCGGGCCUCAGCUCGAUGCGAGCCCACGGGCCGGGCCUGGGUCUGGCCGGCUUGGAUGAGGGUCUUAAACGUGUCUGUUCCGCGCCCCAGCUGGGGCACCAGGAGAAAGGCAUGCUGCUGAAGAGGAAGCUGUCGGCGUCCGAGGGCGGACCCCAUGUCAUCUACAGCCACGGGAGCAAGCAUAAGAAACAAGGAGGUGAAAAUCAAGACUGCUGCUGUCGUAAAUAGAAAGGGAAUAGUUUAGCUCAGGGAUCAUUAACUAGAUUCAGCCGCGGGCCGUUUUUUCUUGAGCGGAUGGUCGGGGGACCGGAACGUAAUUACAAAUAGUUUGUAAACUGCUAAUUGACCGCAAUAAGCCCAAACAGAUAUAAUGUUUGACUAGGACAUAAUUAUUUCAAACCUUGCUUACAUUUGUAUAUGAUCACGUUUAUUUUGAGGGGGGGGGUCAGAAAACUUUGGGGGCCAAAUAUAACCUGUGGGCCGCCAGUUGGGGAACCCUGGUUUAGCUUGAGUGCUGGCUCUUUAUAUUGUUUUACAUUUGAUUAUUCCUGGGUUAAAGCAGCUAAAAUAUGCAUUCCCUGUAUAUCAGUGGCAUAGCCGCAAUCGUCACAGUACCAAUUAGCAACGGUCCCAUUAGCCAUUGCACUGCCGUACCUUUGCUGUGUCUGUGUUUGUAUGCGUCUGCGUACUUGGGUGUGUGUGUGAAGUGCUUGACGUUCUCCUGUCGCUUCCUCUGUAGUGGCCUGUGGAGCGUCGAGCCACGGAGCCUCAGCCCGAGCUCACAGAGUCGUACCCAGGGACCUACUGGACCCCAACGACCUGGAGUGUUCCCUCUGCAUUAGAUUGUUCUACGAGCCAGUGACCACGCCGUGUGGUCACACCUUCUGUAAAAACUGUCUGGAGCGCUGUCUGGACCACACACCCCAGUGCCCUCUCUGCAAGGAGAGCCUCAAAGAGGUAAGAGGACACCGCCACCAACCACGACCAAGCGCCUGCUUUUCUUAGAACUGGAAGGGAGUCCUUAGGCUUUCUUUUUGAGGACGUGCCAUUUAAGAAGAGGUCUUCCCCAAGUUAAUUGUCUUAAGUGCAUCCCAAAUGGCACCCUAUUACCUUUAUAGUGCACUACUUUUGACCAGGGCCAAUAGGGCUCUGGUCAAAAGUAGUGCACUAAAUAGGGAACAUAAGACAAUUAAUUAACUUGGAGAAGACUUCUUCUUAAAUGGCAUGUCCUCAAAAAGAAAACCUUAAUCUUCUUUCCUUCCUUUCUCUCUCUCUCUCUCUCUCCCCCCCCCCCCCCCCCCCCCAUCAGUAUCUAGCAGCCAGGAAGUACACAGUGACCAGUGUGCUGGACCGAGUGAUUAAGCAGUACCUGUCUGAGGAGCAUUCGGAACGGCAGAAGACUCACCUGGAGGAGACCCAAGAGCUGGCAGAGUGAGUUGUCCUCCUAACAUAGAAUUCUGACAGAAUUAACCUAGAAUGUCCAUUCUGGUAAUUGUAUUGCUAUGGCUUCUGCCUUCUCUCUGAACCCUUGUUUCUCUUUCUCCCUGGUUGUCCUACUUAAAAAAAAAAAUGAAUGCAGCAAAGAUCAUACAAAACACACACAGCAGACAGGUACACAGCAGACAGAUUCACCUAAUGUUAGCACUGACUGUUAGAUGGAAGUAUAUUUAUAUCUAUUUUUACUUCAUCUUUGGAAUGCAUAUGUCAAAUUUGUAUCACUUUACUUGUGAGAGAUGCUUGAGUGUCUUAGCAUCAUCUAACUCUCUCUCUCUCUCCGCAGCCUGAUGAAGAAUGUCCCCAUCUUCGUGUGCACCAUGGCCUACCCGACCGUGCCUUGCCCCCUGCACGUCUUCGAACCGCGCUACCGCCUCAUGAUCCGCCGCUGCAUGGAGACAGGCACGCGCCAGUUUGGGAUGUGCAUCAACAACGCUCAGAAAGGGUAGGAACAGUGGCACAGUGCUAGGCACAGUGGCACCCGAUACAAGCACCUGCUCACGUAGGCAAGCACACACACAUUUGCACAUACACACUCACUCAAAUGCACACACACACACACCGUUCUGCUGCACACUAAUGUGUCAUCUCACCCUGGAGAACUAAUUAAAAUGCUGUUACACCCUGGAUGAGAGAGAGAGAGAGACGGGGCCUGCAGAAUUAUGAAAAUACUAGCUAAUAGGACUUUGACUGAAAUAUAAAAUCAAAUCCAACUUUGAAGCAUCCUCCUGAUGGAAAAAGACAAUUCAAACAUUUCAUGAGUUUAAGCAUAUACAGUGGGGGAAAAAAGUAUUUAGUCAGCCACCAAUUGUGCAAGUUCUCCCACUUAAAAAUAUGAGCGAGGCCUGUAAUUUUCAUCAUAGGUACACGUCAACUAUGACAGACAAAUUGAGGAAAAACAUUUCCAGAAAAUCACAAUGUAGGAUUUUUAAUGAAUUUAUUUGCAAAUUAUGGUGGAAAAUAAGUAUUUGGUCACCUACAAACAAGCAAGAUUUCUGGCUCUCACAGACCUGUAACUUCUUCUUUAAGAGGCUCCUCUGUCCUCCACUCAUUACCUGUAUUAAUGGCACCUGUUUGAACGUGUUAUCAGUAUAAAAGACACCUGUCCACAACCUCAAACAGUCACACUCCAAACUCCACUAUGGCCAAGACCAAAGAGCUGUCAAAGGACACCAGAAACAAAAUUGUAGACCUGCACCAGGCUGGGAAGACUGAAUCUGCAAUAGGUAAGCAGCUUGGUUUGAAGAAAUCAACUGUGGGAGCAAUUAUUAGGAAAUGGAAGACAUACAAGACCACUGAUAAUCUCCCUCGAUCUGGGGCUCCACGCAAGAUCUCACCCCGUGGGGUCAAAAUGAUCACAAGAACGGUGAGCAAAAAUCCCAGAACCACACGGGGGGACCUAGUGAAUGACCUGCAGAGAGCUGGGACCAAAGUAACAAAGCCUACCAUCAGUAACACACUACGCCGCCAGGGACUCAAAUCCUGCAGUGCCAGACGUGUCCCCCUGCACAUGUCCAGGCCCGUCUGAAGUUUGCUAGAGUGCAUUUGGAUGAUCCAGAAGAGGAUUGGGAGAAUGUCAUAUGGUCAGAUGAAACCAAAAUAUAACUUUUUGGUAAAAACUCAACUUGUCGUGUUUGGAGGACAAAGAAUGCUGAGUUGCAUCCAAAGAACACCAUACCUACUGUGAAGCAUGGGGGUGGAAACAUCAUGCUUUGGGGCAGUUUUUCUGCAAAGGGACCAGGACGACUAAUCCAUGUAAAGGAAAGAAUGAAUGGGGCCAUGUAUCGUGAGAUUUUGAGUGAAAACCUCCUUCCAUCAGCAAGGGCAUUGAAGAUGAAACGUGGCUGGGUCUUUCAGCAUGACAAUGAUCCCAAACACACCGCCCGGGCAACGAAGGAGUGGCUUCGUAAGAAGCAUUUCAAGGUCCUGGAGUGGCCUAGCCAGUCUCCAGAUCUCAACCCCAUAGAAAAUCUUUGGAGGGAGUUGAAAGUCCGUGUUGCCCAGCGACAGCCCCAAAACAUCACUGCUCUAGAGGAGAUCUGCAUGGAGGAAUGGGCCAAAAUACCAGCAACGGUGUGUGAAAACCUUGUGAAGACUUACAGAAAACGUUUGACCUGUGUCAUUGCCAACAAAGGGUAUAUAACAAAGUAUUGAGAAACUUUUGUUAUUGACCAAAUACAUAUUUUCCACCAUAAUUUGCAAAUAAAUUCAUAAAAAAUCCUACAAUGUGAUUUUCUGGAUUAGUUUUUCUCAUUUUGUCUGUCAUAGUUGACGUGUACCUAUGAUGAAAAUUACAGGCCUCUCCCAUCUUUUUAAGUGGGAGAACUUGCACAAUUGGUGGCUGACUAAAUACUUUUUUCCCCCACUGUAUAUGCUAAUAUUUAAGUGUUUCAAUAUUCAUUAGGCCACUGUACCUUCUCUCAAAUGAGUUGAAUGCUGACAUUUGACUUGACUAUGGAAUGGCCCUGUGUAAUUUCACUUAAACAAAAUAGGCCAUUGACUAAUCACUGCAAUUGACUGCUUACAAUGAGCCAAUACAUUGUCACAAUGCUUUGAAUGGCUGUCUGAUUUGACUAUGCAAUGACUAUAUACAAUAUAUUUGUGGUCCUCUUUAGCUCAGUUGGUAGAGCAUGGCGCUUGCAACGCCAGGAUAGUGUUAUGAUGAUUUUCUAGGGUAUCAAGUGAUUACGAAUGUAAGGAUGUACUUAGACACUUUUGAUGGGGAUUUCAUAUUAGUAUUUAAUAUGGUAACAUGGUUAGUUAUCACAGAAGGACAGAGCUUUGCCUCUGUCAUCUCCCUCACUCCAGAACAAAGAUCCACUCUCUCUAUAUAUACACUCUGUUACAAGUCUCUCCACGAACAUCUGGUAAUCAUCAUGGGCACUCCCAUUCUUUGAUGUUUUUACCCUUUACCCCAAGUCAGUAUAUCCUGUCCAUCAAUCAUGAUAUCAUAAACAUCAGUAAUCGCCUUUGACAUAACGGAAUGUAGACUCUGUGGCACCAAGCCAAUUAUCUAGUAACUCUAACCUAGUCCCCACGAUACAAUGACAUGACAUCAUUACACUAUAAAACCUCAUAUCAGAUAGUUGGUUAGAUUCCUGGGACUACCCAUACGUAAAAUGUAUGCAGGCAUGAUUACGUCGCUUUGUAGAAAAGCGCCUGCUAAAUGUAAUUAUGUAUGCAACUUUAAUUUAGCAAUAUAGACCAUUGACACAUCACCUCAAAAUGACUAUAUGAUUACAACAAACUAAAAUUCAAAAUAUUCCUGUCUCAGAUUUGUGGACUACGGCUGUAUGCUGAUCAUCAGGAGUGUCCACUUCCUCCCAGACGGGCGUUCCGUGGUGGACACCAUCGGAGGGAAGAGGUUCCGAGUGCUGACCCGUGGGAUGAAGGAUGGGUACUGCAUCGCAGACAUCAAGUACCUGGAGGAUACCAGGGUAAGAACCCAUGUUCUCUUAUUCAAAAAUACUGGUUCGGAUGUUUGUUUUUUCAAUGGAGAGUUUUCUGUCUUUUUUGGUAAUAUAUUUGGUAAUAUUUUUAUUCGUAAAGAAAGGAUUACAAAAUAAUACUCAAUUAUACAAUAAAAAACACAAAAGCAUAGAGACAAAAUUAUAUUGAAAUCCAUGUUCCAUAGGUGUGAAUACCUUGAAUAACUCCCACUCACACCCGCUUACAAGUUUAGCACAGCUUGAAUUAGCCUAAUUUUUUUAUUUGAAUAAUCCUCCUGUAAAAACGAAAUUGUGUUUUAGUUUAUCAGAGGCCAUCUGUUAAUGGUUUAUGGUAGUGUGGUGUUUUGGUGAAUGCUACACUGCAAUCUAUGUAGUUGUCAUUGUCAUGUGACCCCUGCUUUCAAACCUACUGUCCCUCUUGUAUGGUUAAGAUGAAUUGAUUGAUUGAUUGACAGGUGAGAGACGGCGAGGAGUUGACACAGCUGCAGCAGCUGCACGAUGCCGUUUACGAACAAGCGCGCACCUGGUUCCAGAACCUCAAGAACCGCUUCCGCAACCAGAUCCUUCAGCAUUUUGGCGCCAUGCCCGAGAGGGAGCCCGACAUCCAGGUAAGAGCUAAGACAAAAACCGCUUCCCCGGCACAUAUUGUGUGUGUGUGUGUGUGUGUCCCCACCAGGUUUAACCUGACAUACAGGUGAGCUAAGACACAAACCGCAUCCCAUCAUAUAGUGUUCCCCCUCCCCUUCUCCAGAGUCAUUCAUUAGGGCACACUGUAGCGAAACGUUUUGCAACAGAGUAUGAAAAUUGGACAAGUUCAUUUAGUCCCUCCCUGUUUCAGGCUUUCUUCCAUUUGGUUCUUAAAUGAAUACGACCCAGGUUUACAUACAGGAAGUAGCUCCGUGUGGGUAAUUCUUAACUAAUCCACUGGGGAAAGGUUACGUCACAAGUGUGUCCUUACGACAACCCCCCCAUCCCCUACACUUACUUCACACACACACACACAGGCAGAUAUACAAUUGGACAGGCAAUAUCCAAUGGAGGCAUAGCAUUUGUCAAUGGAACAUUUGGAAUGGUACAGUUAUAUAAUUGGGAUAAUGGAUGGUUAGAGCAGACCCUGGCUAUGUAUGGAGAUAAUAGGAUUAAUGAUGAGUGUCCGGGGAUUAACCAUAGUCAAGCUUAAGUUACAUUUCCGCUGUGUGUGUGUGUGUGUGUGUGUGUGUGUGUGUGUGUGUGCGUGUGCGUGCAUGUUUCUAUUAAGAAAUGUUUUAUCAUACCCGUGGUAUAUGGUCUGAUAUACCUCGGCUUUCAGCCAAUCAGCAUUCAGGGCUCGAACCACCCAGUUUAUAAUAAACCCAGUUUAACAUGUAACUCUGACACAGCAACAUCCAAUAAGUGGCAGAUUAAGUUCAAGCUGCUUUGGAUGAAAGCUAAUUCACCACAUCAGUCAUUUUCUGAGAUUCUUGGCUCAAUUAUAGGACGACCUAUUUAAGAUACCGACUCUCUAAAUGAGUUAGUACAUCUUGUAAAUCUAAAGCGUCUCCAUCAUAUCUGUCUGAUGUAAGCCAUGUACUGAACUCCGGCUGACUCCCUAGCCUCUACUCUCAAGUCCCCUAUAGAUCUGAAAUUAUUGGAUAGGUGUAUCCAACAUGGCAAUUAUUCUACCUAGUCUAUCAAAUGGCAAGGUAAAGUCAUGAUGAUAAUGUUUAAACCUAUCCAAUCACUUUUUUAAACUGUGACCCCCUAAAGCCUUUUGAAAUGUUAUGUGGCCCAGCAAAAAAACAAUAGCCAACAAGCCAUUGUCUGUCCAUUGUCAACCCAUUGUUUUGGGUGAGUGAUAUCAUGUUUCUUAUCAGUGAUUUCCUUUCCUCCUCUCCUCCUCUAUUCCAGGCAACUCCCAACGGUCCGGCUUGCUGCUGGUGGCUGCUGGCCGUGCUGCCCAUCGACCCUCGCUACCAGCUGUCAGUGCUCUCCAUGACCACGCUGCGCGAACGCCUGGUCAAGAUCCAGCACAUCCUCUCCUACCUGCAGAGCAUCCCCAACGAGUAGAAGAGUAGAGUUCCACCCUACCACAACUACUUCCUACUCCCUGGGCCAGGCACCAUGUACCUCCAUACCACAUCAAACAACACAGACUCAUACGACUCCGUACAUCGGAUUUCACUCUUUAUUACUGCUGAGGCAUCCGCCACAAGACAUCCGUGAGACACCUGGACAGUGAAACAUCAAUGAGACAUCUCCCUGAGAAGACAGAAUCACACAACACUUCUGAGACACCAGCAAGAUCCCAGUCAAAUAAGGAGCUAGCUUUAGCAGCACGACAGCUAGCUUUAGCAGCACGACAGCUACCACACACCAGCUAGCUACAUCGGCGAGAAGCCACAGACUGCUGAGAAAUCAGCCAAAUUCUAAGAACUGAUCUUAUCUGUAAUGAUGCUUUCUCUUU